UUGUUUGUUCCAUUCAAUAGAAACUUUUUCAAAGUACAAAGAACAAUUGGUUACUUUUGAUGCAUAAGAUUAAUUUAAUAUAUGAAGAAUUAAAGUAUGACUGUCACCAAAAAGAAGAACUACUUCGGAAAAUUGUUUUACUCAAUAAAUUUUGUAUAAUUUUAAAUUGUUUACUUCUGUGCAUGUAAUUUGAAACUAAGGAACGUGCUUAGGAGAUCGAGAAAUAUACAUUCAGCGAUAAAAACAGAAUAAAAGCAUAAGAGGGCUGAUUGUUCGAGGCAGCAAUAUGGAUCAAGACGAUGGCCAUCUAGAAGAAAAUGAACAGCUUCAAGGCGACAAUUAUGAAGGAAUGCAAGAUUUAGCAAUAGGUGCGCUAGAGGAAUAUAUUGCAAUGGAUGUAAUGGAGGAAGACAGUGACAUAGACAGCGAACCCGGUGAUGCUGUUGACGAUGACGACGAAAGUAGUGACGACGUUCAUGAGGAGAUAAUGGAGCAGGAUUCCUGGUCUUCCGACGAAUAUUAUGAUGAUUCGGACUCCACUUUUCAAGUGGAGAGCACAAACGCCUGUUUCCAACAGCUACAUCGCAUGCUAAACCGAUAUGGAGAGCAGACUAAGCCUAACUAUAGUUUUAAGCCACUGCGCCUUAUUCGGUGUCAGUACAAAUCACGCCAUGAUGUUGGAGAAUUUCCAAUAGCUCGAAGUGGCCAUCGUAUUAUAGCUUCGGAAUCCCAUCUAUACUCUCUGGGAGGGUAUAAUCCUAAAAGGACACCCAAUAACACGCAACGUGAUGCUUGUAUGCUGUUUCAAGAACUCUGGGCAUAUAACUUCGCAACAAGCCGAUGGAAGUUACUUUUAGAUGCCGAAAAUUCCGCAAUGCCUAGAGAGUUAGCAUCUAAUGCUUUGGUUAUAUACAACAAUGUUUUAAUUUCGCACGGUGGUACGGGUUACCCAUUUGGAGAGACAUGCUCAAAUGAUUGUUAUGUCUAUACUACUGGAGAAAAUCCCCAAGUAAUGCUUCUCAAAGUCGCAGGAGAUUUACCAGUGGCACAGUAUGGCCCUGGUAUUGUGAUACAUAAUGAUUAUCUUUAUACUAUUGGCGGAACCACUGGGUUCGAUUAUUCAUGUGACGUUUUUCGUUUAAAUCUCAUUACAAAAGUUUGGGAAAACGUAUAUAUAUGUCGCCCGGAAAUGCGUGAUGACCCCGAGGGUCGUUAUAGACAUGAAGUCGUUUACGAUGGCCAUCACAUAUAUGUCCUUGGUGGUGGGACAUCACACACCGUAUACGAUCUACAACGUAUACCUGCAUUCAACUUGGAAACAAAUUGUUGGGAUCAUUUUGACACCUUACCUGAUCGGACGGCGUCUUCGGCUCAAGAUCCAGGAUAUCCCAAAGCUAGAAAAUGCCUAUCGUGUGUGCAGCAUACAGCCAGUAACGGUGAUAUAGAAGCAUUCAUAACAGGAGGCCUACAGGGAGAUUUUACCACAUACUUCAACGAUAUCUGGAAAUUGAAUUUACGCACCAAACAAUGGUACAAAAUUCACAGUGCAACAUUACCACGGCCGUUAUACUUUCAUUCGGCUGCGCACGCUGGCAAUGGCUGCAUGUACAUUUUUGGUGGAAUAGAAUACAGCGAGAAGGACAUGAGACGUCGAAAUGAUCUCUUCAAAAUGUGGAUGACAAUACCAAAGCUUAGUGAUAUUUGUUGGGAUGCUAUUACUCAUUAUAACCAUAAUUUGCAUCGCUUCGAUCGGGCUACUCUUUUAGGUGCUGGUAUACCUGAUCGUUAUGUUAAUCUUUUACCUUCUCUGCCACAGCGAAUGCGAAAACACAUUUCUGAGGAGCCUUCUUCUUCUUUUAUAAAUACCGUGACAAAACGAAUGCGUUCGCACAUCGACUAAAGAGGUCAUGUUAUUAAAGGGUUUGUUAUUUCUUUUUUUCUUCUUUGAAGUUGUUUUGAUCCAAUGCCAUUUGUUUACAAAUAAAACGUAUUUUUGAAAUUUA